GUAUUUCUUUGGAUUUUGCAGAGGCAGACAGGUGGCUGGACCUGGGUCAGAGCUGUGGGGUCCAGCAGAGAGCCCCCUGCCAGCCUGGUGCCGGUCUGGAGAGGCUGUGGGAUGUGAUGCCGGAGCCGGGAGGCUGGCACUGGGCCAACUCGCCAGGCAGCGCCACGGCAAUCUCCACGCUGAUAAGAGAUCUCAGCCUCGGCGACGCUGGCAUGACCGGCCCCCUCUCCCCCCACUCCACACCCACCACUGUCCCCCACACCUCUACAGCUACCAGCCAAGCUCCCACGGCACCCCCGAGCAAACGUCAGUGCCGCUCCCUGUCUUUCUCCGAUGAAUUCAGCGGGUGCCGCUCAUCUUGGAGGCCUCAAGGCUCCCGAGUGUGGACGACGGUGGAGAAACGAAGGUGCCACAGUGGAGGGAGUGUGCGAGGAGGAGGAGGAGGAGGAGGAGGUUUCUCUGGAGGACAUUUUCCUGCCAUGCAGCGUAGCUCCAGCUUCAGUUUGCCCUCACGUUCCAGCAUCCCCAUAGAGGGAGCCCUGGACCUGCCGUUCUUCAACCAGCGACUGCCUCCCCACCCUCAAUUCACCGCCUCUCCAGUCUCCCCUACCUCUCCUCCCUCGCAUCAUCACCACUUCCUCAGGCCCCUGUCCCUCUCCCACGAGCAGAUCAGCCUCCCAGAGCUGCAGAGGGAGGAGGCCAGCUCUCCAGACUCUACUCCAGAAUUGGGGAGGCGAGCCGGCCUGAAAGCGAGGGGAUCGGGGGGUCUGUCUCGGAGCAAGUCCCACCCCUGCGUGCUGAACGACAAAAAAAUCGGUAUGAAGCGCAGGCGGCCGGAAGAUGCCCAGGAGCAGCGUCCCUCCCUGGACCUGGCAAAGAUGACUCAGAAACUUCAGACCUUUCAGAGCCUGAGCUGCCCUGGAUUUUCUGCCACCGACGGCUGCCAAUCAAGCUUGCUCCCUCCCAUCUUCGACACCUUCAGCCAACCAGACUUCACCGCUGUGUCCGAGCUGGGAAUGGAUCCACGGCAGGAAGUGGCAGGAGAUGAUGAGGAUUCUUCCUACGAGGAGCUGGAUAGCGAUUCUGCUUGUAGCAUGGACUCGCGGCCCGGCUCGCCUGAAGGCAUGGUGGGAGACAAACACACCCUCUGGAAGGGUGACUGUGGGACACAGAGGGACAUUUUCCAGCUCGGGGGAGAGCUGGAUCUUGACCAGAUUGAAAGAAACUAAACAUUUAGGAGAUUUUAAAAGGCCGUGUCUGGACUGUUUCAGAAAGUUAUUGGACAUUGAUGAAGUGCAAAGAGAUGGAUAUUGAGAAGGGUUGUAAGGAAAAGAGUGGAAGAGUGGACUUUGAAAGAGAAAGGAAAGCGAUAUAGAUGAUGAAGGAUUAAGUAUGUUGUUAACGGCGGCCUUUUUAAUGACACGUUUGCCUUGAACAUUCGUACUGUUUGAAUCAAAAGCAGUGACCUUAGUUGUUUUUUAUUGGGUAUUCAGCUUAACUCAGGAGUAGGAGAGUGAGGGUUAGUCUUAAAAAAAAAAACCCGGCCCCCACUUACUUUCAACCUGAUGACCUUUCCAAAGUCAGCUAACCAUAGGUAGUACUGUAGCAGUAGCUGGGCUCUCCUGUAUUUAGCUUGAGUUUCAUUGUUUUUUCAGAGAAAGUGGACGUGAAAGGAUGGGGUGAAACAGGGAGGGGUAAACAACAGGAAGAAGUAUCUUCUAGUGGACUUACCCUCGACUUUCCUCCCUGUCUUUCAUGCACACAUGAGAAACUGUUUUUUUCUGCUGAAUGUCGGCUCAAUAAGCUUUAUGAGGAGUUCGGAAAAUGAUGUGCCUUCUUUUGGAUGCUUGCUCUAUGGGUUCUCUAGCCUCAAUCGAAGCCACCUUUUCUGAGCUUUUUUAUUGUAGUUUUUAAUAUGCAAAUUGUAUAUUUGAAUUAAACACUGAAUCUCAACUUUUCAGUUCUAAUAUCAAUGUAUAUUUUUCUAAGUAAAUGUUUUUUAUGAGCUGUUUUAGAAGGAACACAAAUACAAGGCAUUUCUUCUAACAGAAUGGACAUGAAAUAAAUGUACAACCUGCA